AUAAUUGACGUGGCAUGUUUUGAAAGCAGAUAACGCUUGAAUACGUGUGCUUCUACUUAUCACUUCUCCAUUGUUCUUCCACUUUCACCAUGAACAACUGAACUGCUACAUCCCUUCAAAUCGCUUCUCCUUCCUCGUUCCUUUCACUGGUUAUCAUGAUGGCGCUCAAUUCCUUGUCACCGCUUUCCGUUAAUUCUCUUCUUGUAUCUUCAAGCUCAACUUCCCUCACUUCGGAUUCUCAUUCAAAGCCCUUUUCCGUUUCCUGCCAAUUCAACUCUAACAGAGAUAGCUCUGAAGAAAAAAGAAAGAGUGUUGGUUCUAGUACAGUGCUUGCCAAUGCCGAAUUCAGGAAAUGGGGGAAAGUGGCUUCGGCCACGUUGGCGGCCGCCGUCAUUGCCUUCGGCUCUGACAUGUCUGCCCUUGCUGAUCUCAACAAAUUUGAAGCUGAACUGAGGGGUGAAUUUGGGAUAGGAUCGGCUGCACAAUUUGGCUCUGCAGAUCUCAGGAAAGCAGUGCAUGUGAAUGAAAAUUUCAGGUAAUUUUUUAUUUCAAUUGGCCAUGCGUUAUAAAGAAAUUAGAAAUGAACAUGAUGCAAUUUUAUUGUUAUCCUUCCUACCUUAGCUUUAUCAAAUUUGUAAUCAUAGGGAAGAGGUGGAAAAUAGAAUGGAGAGGCAAUAGGAUUU